AUGGCGCGCCCACGACAACGCUCUACAUCAGCCGCCCAGGAUGCCCUGGCGGUUGGGAGCAGGAAAGAAGUUGGGCCGAUGAAAGAGCUGAUCUCUGGUGCGCCGCGGAUGCGUAUUACUCGGAGUCAAAGUCGUGAGCUUGAGUCUACGGAGCAGCGUGAGUCUGGCAGCUCUGCUGGAAUGCCGGGGGAUAGCUCCCGUCGCCGGUGGGGGCAAAACAAAGGCAGAAUGAGCCUAGGCGUUGUGGUCGAAGAACCGACUGUUCAGUCACCCCGGAAAUCUGGUCAUGCCUUUGGGAACCGAUCGUUUUGGGAAUCCCAAGAGGAUACAGUGAACAUCUCCGGGACCACUAUCCUUCCGUCUGAACCAGACACCAACCUAGAUCCAGAUAUGAUGAUUGAGACACUGCCAGAUCUUCAGCGGACAGCUCAGAAUGUCUUGGACUAUCUGAUCCCCAGCUCAGGAGACCCCGUCAGUAUCGUCCAUGCUGCUAAAAGGCUGGCGGACCCGAAGAACACGCAAAGCAAACGGCUCCAGCGCGCUGUGCCGAAUCUGGCUCGUGAAGCCGCGUACUUUGGACACCAGAAAUACAUCGACGUUAAGCUGGUCAACCAGCUGCUCGCGCCAGCUCUCGAGAAGAAGGAUGCACAGGUCGGAGAGGGCUGGAAGCCAGAUCUGGUCCUUCAUCAGGCUAACUGUGCGCGAUUCGCGCUCGAGGUCCUGCUGGCAAAUGCUGGCACGAAUUCACCCAAGCAAGCCAUCAAGAACUUGGAAGAUAUGUUUCCAUUGCCGUUCAUGAGUGGCAUUGCAGAUAGCAACGAGCAGAAGGCUGCUGGCGAGAGCUCUCUCAAUAAGGAGACGUUCGAUCUGGCUCUAGAGAUUCGGACACAGUCUUUGAUAUUGGACCUGGAGAGACAACAACAUGAACCAGAAUUCGAUCCUAACGCUAUAGUGACGGAUCACUUUUUCGAAAUGGAUGUGUAUGACGAAGACGAAUUUGACAGCAGCAUAGCCCCGCUGCGCGGCUUCGGCCUUGCUAAAUGGGAAGACUCGGAUGGCCAUCUUUCGGAGCAGUAUAGGGAUGCGAUCUGUGACCGGUAUAACGAAAUUCGGGUUUACUUGCUAGAUGCGGAGGACGGGAUGGCCGUUGUUGAUGAGCUGAGAAGCGGUUAUCGUUGGCAAAAAUUCGUUCUACGGGCUGCUCAAUGGGUGCGCAAGAGAAUCCAAGAGAUUGCAGCGGAUUUGCAAGUGCAGAAGAGCGCAGAGGUUGUGCGCAGUGAAUUUUUUGCGAAACCAGAACCUCUUGAGCGUGUCACUGGUACUCCCCGUCCCAGUGUCACUCCUGUCGCGAAAAACAGAACGCCAGUAAUCGUUGCUCCACGGGUCGAGCAGCGCGAAUCAGUUGCUCCUGCAGCAGAAAAUAGACUUACUACGGCGACUACAGAAGACCGGGAGCGACGAAAGUCAAAACCAAGUUUCCUCAACCCCACAUCGCUUCAGCGCCUUAUGCAAAGAAAGCGGCGGUUGCGCUUCUCGCUUGAGGCCCCAGAAAUUCGGAGACAGUCAGACUUUGUCACAUCGGCUGUGGAUCAUGAGAGCACAUCGUUCACCUCGCAAAACCGUCGACAAACUUUGCCUGCAGUCUUGCAACCUAGGCAGGAAGCGCAGGCUGAACCUCGUGAGAUAUCCGCGUCCCCCGAAGGGUCUCCAACGCUGCUACCCGACGAUCAGGAUUACCUCACUGUUGAUGAUUCCCAGUUGAGUAUCAGCGAGCACAUCGGUGCCGGACUGGAGCGAUCACAUAGUCCUCCAGUUAACAGAGUCAGCCGAGAGCCUAUCUUCAGCCAGCGGACACAUACACCUAGUAGACUGGCUACUAUUCCUUCCACUCAGGAUAUAUUGAAAGCAGUUCAGGAAACUCCUAUUCCCAGCCAACCAGUCGAGCGCAUGAAUCCACAUAUCCGCCCGGCCUUCAUUGACCGUCAGGAUAAUGCGGAGCGCGUCUCACCAAUCAGUCAGGCAGGAGACCUCCUGAGUGCCUCAAGACGGCGUGAGCCACCACCCUCCAGGAAAAGGGCCCGUGAAGUAUCUGAGGACGAAGAAACAGACAGCGACGAUGAUUUCUCAAGCUACGGCCGGGCCAUUGACAUCAGCCGCAAGCGUGAAGAAAAGGCGGAGCUGCAGCGACACAAACGCCAGAGAAUACAAGAAGAAGACGCUGACGAGUCUGCUUCUCAAUUGCAGCAUGGCUUGGAGCAGACUGCUCGAGGUGAGGAAGCGCAAGGCCCGCCUUCCACGGCUCCUCUGAAUGAUUCCCGUUCCCCGGAUGCAGCGUCGCCUGCCGGACAGCCGUCCAGAACCAGUGAUUAUGGUGUGAGGACGAUACUUCGACCUUCGAGAUACAAUCCCAGGUCGCGCUGGACGCCAGCCGAGGACGCGCGGCUGAUCCGGUUGAUUGAGGAAUACGGUUGCAAAUGGGCAGUAAUCGGGCGGCAAAAUGAAUGUCAGCCCCCGCUGGACGGAGAGGCCAAAUUCGUAGACCGCACACAAGUCCAGCUGAAGGAUCGGGCACGGAAUAUCAAAAUUGCUUACCUGAGGGAAGGACUGCCACUGCCCACGCACUUUUGGAAUGUGACUAUGGGCCAUAAAGACUAUGCCGCGCUUGAGAAGAAAGGCAUCAAAAUCCCGAAUCUUCGGCAAGAAUCUCUAGAACCAUCCGCAGAGUCUUGA